UGCAAUCCCAGUUUCCCAGCUGCUUUUUCACAGAAACAGCAGCAACAGCACAUCCCGCUAUAUCAGAGGCCAUCGUCACAAAAUCACCGCGAGAAUCAGAUGGAGUCGAGAAACGUCACACAGCCCGGUACUAAGAGGUACCAAUGCGGCCAGUGUCCAUACAGCACGGAUCGAACUGGUAACAUGAAGAAUCACGAAAGAACACACACUGGAGAGAAGCCCUUCAAGUGCACUCUGUGCGGAGAGGCAUUUGCACAGUCGGGAACGCUUCAGAUUCAUCAGAGGGCGCACACGGGCGAGAAGCCCUUCAAGUGCCCGGUGUGUUGGAAGGCAUUUGCUCAUUCGCCACAUCUUCACAGACACCGGAAAACACACACGGGAGAGAAGCCCUUCAAAUGCACUGCGUGCGGGCAAGCGUUCAUACGGUCGUCACAUCUUGAAGAGCAUCAGAGAAUACACACGGGAACAAAGCCCUUCAAGUGUACUGUGUGCGGGAAAGCAUUUACCCGGUCGGGAGCCCGAAGCAGGCACGAGAAGAUACACAAGAAGGGGAAUGUGAAGUCAAGUGAAAGUCAAAGUGUUGCAAUGAACCUGUCUAUUAUUAAACAAGAAACAGGAGAUACUCCCAGCUUUGAGAUGUGGCCAGGAGUGAAGGUGGAAUAUGUAGAAGUGAAGGUGAAAUGUGAGGAAUUGGAGGCUAACUGUGAGGAAGUGAACUUGAAAUGUGAAGAAGGGAACAUGAAAUGUGAAGACGAAGAUUCGAUUCCAAAACCUGUCCUUCACAUCAAUGGAGGCAGCGUGAAGGAGGAGCAGAAUUUGAAGAGUGAGGCAACCCCAAGUGGUUGAUGGAUCUGGAGGUGUGGGUGGACUUCUGAACAAAGCAGAGUUGGAGCGACCAGCAGGUAUGAAGUGGAGAACCGGGCUAGAUGUGUAACCAGCAACUUUGGACAAAGAAGAUUCUACUUUGUCCCAAGUUGUACAAUAAAGUCCUAAAUUAAUGCACUCAUAGUAGAUGCGUUCCUGAAAAGUGCCACAUGAAGUGAAAAACGCAUGCGAAAACAAUUUCCCCAUUAAUAAUGUAACCAUAACAUUUGGCAAGAUACGAUUUACUACGCACCCAACACAGGGAGAUGGUGGGACAAAUAAGUGAGGGUACGCCGCCACUGCAUUACUGUAUCGUUCCACGCUGUACCGCUCAGCUCAAUAAAGUAGUUUGUCAUCGACCACUCAGAAAAUGCGUUCUAACAGUGCGCAUUCCGCAUUAUUACUACGCGUUCCAUGUCAUAACGGUGCGGGUUCUGCGUUGUAACGUUCAGCAUAUAAAACGAUGCGUGUUGCCCGUUGUGCGAAAAGCGUUCCUGUAUGGAGGAUCCGCGUUAUAGAGAAACACGCGUUGUGUGAAUACCGCACGUUUCGCGACGGCCUGCAUAUUUUGUAACUGAAGUGGAGUAGUGAAUUAUUAUCGAUUUGCAAAAUAGUAUACGGGUGUCUUUUUUUUAUAAAAAAUGUUAUGACAUUUAGUUGAUUACAUGUUCAGUGACUGUGAGUCUAUACAUUCAAUGUUAGUACAAAUAAAGUCGCUGCCAUCUA